AACCCACUUCACAAAAUUUUUAACCGUAACACCCUCAAAUUAAGCUACAGCUGCAUGGGCAAAUUAAAACAAUCAUAUCCAACUAUAACAAAGGCGUAAUUAGCAAAUCCACACGAACUAAUAAUCAAACUAAGAAAAGCUGCAAUUGUAGGAAACCUAACGAGUGUCCCAUGGAUGGAAACUGUAAUGUGGAAAGCGUCAUCUAUCAGGCCGAGGUCACCACAGAAACCGCAAAGGAAACAUACAUUGGACUCUGUGACACUGCGUUCAAAUUGCGUUAUAGAAACCAUGUAAGCUUAUUCCGAAACGAGCGUUACAAACAUGUUACCGAACUAAGUAAAUACAAAUGGAGUCUCAAAGAUAAGAACACUAAGUAUAACAUCAAAUGGCGCAAGAUAAAACAAGCUAGUUCUUACUCCAGUGUAACUAAGAGAUGCAAUUUGUGUUUGUGGGAAAAGUAUUUUAUCAUUUGU